GCCCACCCGUCUCCACGCCCCUCCGUGCACGACGCGGGCACUGCAAGCUCCCUGGCGGCCGUGACUCGACGGCGUACGGCCAUUCGCAUGCGCUGCACCAUCCAGCAGCAAUAGGGCCCCCGCCCGACACCGACAGCACACUCCGGCUGCUGCACGCCGCCAUGUCCGGCCCAUUCCGUUUCAACCAGCCGCCGGCCCAGUCGCCGCUGGAGCGAGUCGCCUCGCCCUUCUCCGCCGGCGCGCAGCCCGUCUCGUACAAGACCAACGUCAAUCGCUCCAAAACGAAGAAGUGGGUCGAGGCAAAGAAGAACGCCUACGACGGCGAUGACUGGGGCGACUACGACGAGUACGACGAAUAUGGGGUAGACAGGACCCCGUCGCCAGAGCCUGCACCAGCCCCCAGCCAGCGAUACUACGGCCAGCGCCCGCCGUUGGACACGCCGUCGCGCAGCUUCACAGACCCCGCGCAGCAACCCCCGCCCUCCCGCGCACGGAGGAACUCGUUCGACACGGGCGAAGAGCAGCGGUCGUUUUCGGCCUCGGUGCCGCACCCACAGCAGCCCGGCUAUGCACCGCAGCCACACCACACGCAGCCGUCGCCGCUCCAGACAAGCAGCUUGGGGCGCGACGUCACCGAGACCUCGCCCCAGGACCGCGACUUUAGCCCGUCGACCGUGCCGCCGCCGCUACAGACACGCAUCUCGACUGCGCCCGCCGAUGUCUAUAGCUCCCCGGUGAACACCACCCAGUCUCAGUUCCCUCCGCGCAAGAGCAGCAUAGGGCAAGGCAGCGCGCCACCAGGGACGAUCGACUUCACGCCGAUCCCUACGUCGCCGCGAGAGCGCACCGGUAGCCAGGACAAGCCCUUGCCCUUCAUCCGGCCUGCAGACAUCUACAAGCGAGUGGAAGAGGAGCGCAGACGAGAGUCAAUGGACUCGCAGUCGCGUCCCAGCUUAGACUCGCUCUCGUCUCGCCCGAAAGACGAGCCAACAUCGCCGACCGCCGAACGGAGGAACUUGCAGCCCCUCGCGACGGUUGCUGAGCGCAAAAGUGAACAUCUGCCCGACCUGGACGUCACAGCACAAAACGACCGUGUGCUCGAGGGCAUCCCAGCCUUUGACAAUUCGUUUUGGUCCAGUGGCCCGGACCUGCAGUCACCUGCCAGCCACGCGCCUGUCGUGUCACCUACCCAGGACCAGGGUCUGCGUUCGGUAGUCGACCAGGCUUUCACCCGCAGUGACGAUCAGCGCUCAGUACCGCCAACACCGAUAUCAAAAGACUCCGACUCCGAUCUGGACCGGUCCAACACAGGCAGUACAUCUGGAAUUAGCCCCAUCAUGAGUCGUGUACCCAGUUCUGCGACUGCAGCCUUGAAAAGUCGCGGUCUUGGCGAUGGUAGCACACCUGUCAUUGUGGAGGAGCCACACGACGCAGGGUCUCCAGUCCCCGGGCCAACCUCUGGUGACUCUGCCCAGACGCCGCGUCCUCUCCAAGGACAUACCCGCAACGUCUCUAGCAACUCCCUCCCGCGCAGUGGUUUGGCAACACCGACUCGAGGCGAAAGUCCUGCACGCUCACCCACCUUUGGCCCACAGAAGACUUAUCCCGAGCCAGAGACGGCACAAAUUGCUACGGACAGUCCCAACUCGCCAGAUGCUAUGAAGGGUGGUCUCGACGGCCCGCAGUCUGCUUACGCUACACGUGAAGCAGAUAUCGCAAACGCUAUGUCGAGCAAUCCAUUGCGCACAGCUCCCGAGCUCGGUGCCGCAGAGAAGCAGUCGCAAGACGAUUUCCUUGAGUCGCACAAGGCACAGUCACCCAUCAGUGACGCACUGCCACGAGAUCGCUCCGAGUCGCCCAGCAAAGGCCGCGUCCAGGCGUUAGCUGGCAAGUUUGGGGACGUCUCGAACUCGAGGCGCGGUUCGACUCAGUCCAACGGGUCGCGAAAUAGUGUGCAGUCUUGGGAGCAAAGCCGUGAGAAUUCACGUGCGCCCUCGCCUUCGAAAGGAAGCCCAACGAAGGAAUUUAGGCCACACUUGCCUGGUGGAUGGGAGUCAUAUGCCAUCACGACACCAGCACCCCUCGAUCGCAGAGAAUCAGAGAAGGGGCUGGCUAUCGGAGAAGCUCAAGGCUUGUCAGCAGCUCCCCAGGUUCGCUUUGCGGAACCUGGGAGGCUGCUGACAAGCCGCGAGAGAGAAGACGAUCCGUUACAGGUUGAUCUUACACCUACAGCAAAGAAACAACUGGACACGGAGGUCAAACAGCCCGCUGAUGACCCGAUCUCAGCGCUGAAAGAUGCUGGGGCUGCUAUGUCUGAGUCGCUCCGCACAACUAUCGGACCGGGCGAACCGACUGUGGCUGAUCCGGAGCCGGGUCGCCGGUCUUACGGUGAUGUGUAUAACCCUCGACCGUUGCUCAUGGAUCGUACGGAAUCUGGAAUGUCGAGCGGCCCACCAACACCACCGGCUAAAGAUACGCCUGAAUCUGAGUUCCCCCCGACACCGCCUCUAAAGCAGUAUUCCUCUGGGGCUCUCUCUCCACCUGAGCGGCCACCUAUGACUACAAAGCUCAGUACCGAUCCCUCGGCUGAUGACCAAGAGAGUGAUCGACUCCGUAAAGAGAUUGUCGCUAGCCUGAGUCCGCUACGGAUGUCUAUUGUCCCAGCGGCUGAACCGGAUCGCACUUCACUUCGCCCAGAUAGCAAAGGUGCUGAUGCCAGCUCGAUUCUCGACAGCUACUAUGCAGAGCUGGGAAAGGAUUCGCCCAGGACUUCAGAUGAUCUCAACGGAGACAUUCCUGAGCUGGCGCCAUUGAAAGCGACAUCAUCAGCACACACUGCAACACCCCAGAAGUCUCCCGUGGCCAAACGUUACAGUUGGGAGGCUGAUAACUCCCAUCUCACGACAGCCGAGAAAGAGCCUCAGCCUGCCGGAGUCCCAGUGCUCGCAAAGAGCGUGGGGACAGAAGCAACCUCAUCCCCACUGUAUCAACGAGAUGAGGGAGAGGAAAAGCAAAAUUGGAACACUGGUAUCUCUGACAAUCCUUACUUUGGACCCAGUCAUACUUUUACAGUGACGAAGCCAGAGCCCAUUACGGAGGCGGAACUUGCAACGCGGGAGACUACACCGCCAUCAGACCCUGGGUCAACACUGUCCAGUCCCCCCACACGUGAGCAAACCAGAUCACCCGGACUUCACAUUGUCAACUCUGCACUCAAUCCUGAAGCUGUCGAUCUGCCUCCUCGCUGGAGCGCAGAACACUCUCCCCAGCCACCGCAAGCGGCGGCAACGCAGUCUCCCCCGCUACGGCAGCUUGAAGAACAUCAAGAGACGAACCCGGCAGUAUCUGCUGAUAUAGCUUUGACUGGCUCUAUCGAAGCACCAGUAUCGUCCGCAAUUCACGAUGCUGAAGCCAGGUCACCCACCUCGCCCAGCUCUCCAACAAUGGACAAGCCUUUGGGGGCUCGUGAGAUCGCGACAAUGGGCUCCACUGCAGAUCGCAUUGCUACUUAUAACAAGACUCGCGAGCAAUGGGCUAAUACUGAUCAUGGACUUAGUAGCUGGAUAGCAGCCACUUUUGAGGCGGACCCAGGUCUCGCAACGCAGAACACUCAGCCUCUUCCUCAACCCAGGCCUCAAUCAGGGGUCUUCCGUCACAAGCACACAGGAUCCCUCGCCAUGCUCGGGAAGUUCACAGGAUCAAGUAACAAUCAGCCUUCAGGUGGCGCGUUCCACGAUCAACACGGCUCGGCAGGCGCUCCAGUUCCCGCCUCAUCGAACUCUCCAGGUGCAGGGCCGUCCAAGCCUUCUACAAGCUUCUUGAGUCGGACUGGAAGCCAUUCAAUCCAGACCCAACAGAUGCAAGCUAAGGGCAAAGACCUAUUGCACACUGCUGGUGUUCUCAGUGGAAAGGGCAUGACGAGCGCUAAAGGCUUGUUUGCCAAGGGCAAGAGUCGUUUCAACCGCGAUAAGGUAGAAAAAUAAUCUCCUUCUUGUCACCUUCUCUUCAGAGGCGACGAAUCGAUCCUGCAUAGAUGAACUCUCUUUGUCGCCCGCCAAAAGGAUCGCAGCAUG